AUGCUCGACAUCCACCGCCCCUCCUCCGCCCCCGACACGAAAAUCUUCUUCUCCCACAGCCUCCUCCCCAGCUACAUCGACCCGCAAAAUGUCUCCACGAAAAAGAAACCCUUCUCCGCCUUCUCUGCGCAGAAAUACAGCCACACGCUCUCCCUCAUCCUGCCCGAGGAAAUGUACCACUUUAUACAGAGGGAGAUGACCCUCGACGGCAGCCCCGCCCGCACCAAAUACGCACGCGUCCACAUGUCACUCUCCGAAAUCCUCGAAGCCGACUUCCUGAACACGUAUAUCAAGCAAGGCAACAUCAUGAUGCUGAGCGAAGGACGAGCCUUGCUGGACGAUCGGUUCGAGUUGUAUAACGGUGUGUUGCGCAUGGAGCUUACGCGGCCGUCGUACGAGCGCUGCGGGUUGCAGGGUGUACCCGUGGAGGACGGGGGCAGGAAACACCAAAAACAGCGGUGGGUUGUGGAAUAUAAUUUACGUGAGAGCAGUAUGAAGCAUGGGAAAAAAGGGUUUGGGAGGUUGGAGUGGGCGGCGAGGAAUGUGUUGGAUAGGAGUUUGACGUGGUUGUUUUGGAAUGCGAGUGUGACGUCGAGGGAGGCGCUGGGAAAGGGCAGGGAGUUGAUUGAGAAGCAUGCGCCGUGGGUGUGCGAUGUUCUGCCUGAGGAGAGGAGGUUGGGUGGGGUGAUGGUACCGAGGGUGAGUGUUGCGGGGCUGAAGGAUGUUUAUGAUGAGGAUGAGGCGAUGGGGCUGCUGGAGUGGAUUCACAUGCUUCAGCUGGGAUCUCCAAGGGUCGAGGCGGGCGAUGAUAUAAACCCGCAUUUGUCGCGCUACGAAGUGCCUGAUCUGGGUCGAGGCGUUGGGGAGAGGAAUAUGGUUACGGUUAGGUGGAGGGGCUUUAUGGGACCGGCUUUUAUGCGCGAUCUUUUUCUGCUGGUGAGGAAGGAGGGGUUUAAGAAGAGAGACAAGAAGGUUAAUGGGACUCAAGAUACGGAUGUGGAUAUGGAUAUGGAGGGAGGAGAUGGGGUGGAGAGCGAAGAGACAGACUGGUUCGCAAUGAGCGCGCAGGCUUUUGGGGGAAAGAAUGCGUGGACGGUGAUGCAGUUUGAAGGCCGAGAGACGCUAGUUUGGGAGAUGGAGAGUUGA